AUGGUGGUUGUGAUGCCAAGGACACAGUUUAAAGUCAAACACAUUCUAUUGAUAUGGAUGCUAAUUUUUGUGUGUAGUUGGAUGGGUUAUUUAAAGUACACUUCCUAUAUGGAUUUAUGUAGAGAAAAUACAGUGAAAGCAGUCAUAUGUGAUCGAUACAGAAAAGGUAUUAUUGCGGGUUCUCUUUGUGAAGAGCUAUGCGAAUUAAAUACUGUGGUCUUCAGUAAAUGCCAUUCACAUCUUCCAUUACAGCAGGUUUACUCUGGAUAUAUCCAAAUUCCUGAAACUGAGAAAAGCCAGUCAAAGAAGAUCAUUCUGAAACUAAACAUGGAUAAGAUAUUGAGUUCUGAUCCACUGGUGCGUGAAUCACUGUACAGUAAGCCAGAAAAGGGACGAUCUAUGGAUGAUUUCCGGGUCAUGUUGACAGCAUUUCUUGAGAGAAAACUGGGAGAAGGAGAACAUUCUAAUUUACAAUCUAGCAUUAUUGACAUAGCUGAUAUUAAUUAUGAUGGAAAAGUCACGCUUGCUGAGGCUAAGACUAUGUGGGCUUUGCUACAGAAUAGUGAGUUUUUUAUGACAAUGGUUUUGAAGGACAGUGAUCAUAUCCCAAAGCUUGAAGGUUUUUGUGGGGACUUGUUUAUUGUAGAAGAAGUCAUGGUAGAUCGAGUUUACGGCUUAGAACUGCCUGGAAUUGUGAAUACUUUUGUUCCCAAUAGCUACAAACAGCGCAUGGAUCAGUGGUUCACGCCGACGUGGCCACAGAAAGCCCACAUUGCCGUGGGAAUGUUAGAGUUCAUAGAAGAGAUCUUCCAUGGCCAGAACGGCAACUUCUAUAUGUGUGAUCUGACAGAGCAUAGUAUCGGAUUCACAGAUAAACAUGAAGUGAAAGUCAUCAACUUUGCCAACCUUGUGCCUGAGACAACACUAUCGCAAGUUUUACGAGAACGUCAUUGCACAGUCAACACAGACUGUACCUAUGCUGAAAACUGCAUGUCGUUGUGUGAUUCAACCAGUCACCAAUGCACAGGACAAGUGGUGCAUCCAAAUCUACAAAAAGUGUGUGUGUUGUUGCAUACUUUUCUGCUGCGAGGAGUCCCCGCAGACAUAAAAACAGAACUGGAAGAGGAAUUGAACAAGUGUCUGGCAUUGGAUGCUGGCAUAAUGAAGGAUAUACAACUAGAACACUCGUUAGUUUUAAACUCACUGAGAAGUACUCUCUGGAAAAAAAUCUCAAAUGAGAAAUUUGGACACAGAAACACAUGAUUGAGAAUACAUUGAGUCAGGUGUAAUUUUCAAUAUGCAUAGCGUCCUAAUCGUUAUGAGAGGCGUUUGCACACCGUUACUUUCAAAAUUUUUACUCACUGAUAUACAUUUUGCUACAAAUAUCGAUAGCUGGAAACUACAUCAGAUAGUGGUACGUCAUGUUGUUCAAUAAUCAAGAAGAUGUUCAACAAAAACCAUAAAGUGACUGAUUAAGGCAGCCCUGUUAAAAUAUUGAUUCCCAAUAGAUUUAUUCAGCUGUUGCAGGAAUAUGAUUUGAAUCACAAUAA